AUGAAGCUGGCUCCUACUGCUCGUUAUUCACUCCUCCUCUUAUCUUCGUUUCUCGGAUUGACCGGCGCUGCGACCGAUCACCCUCAUCUUGAUGAUGCGCCAUGUGUAGCACGCUCACCAGCAAGCGGUCUCUACUUCGACCUGAGUGCAAUCUCGUUGCAACCUCCCCAGCUGAAGGAUGGCAAGAAGCUUCACCAAAACGACCGCGACGACAGCUGGCAUGCCAAAGGACACGAUUACAAUGCCAACUUUACUAUCAACAUCUGUGCGCCGGUUAUCGAAGAUGUUACGGACGUGGUUGGAGUGCCAUCGUCUCGGUGGAGUAAUAUCAGCGCAUAUUACGAACAAUCCGGGAAAGUAUAUUCGAUAGGAGAACAGGCAUCAGAUCCAUUUUUCCGGGGUCGCAAGCUUGUUUUGAAUUAUACAAAUGGGUCCCCUUGCCCAGACGAUUACAACACCGACAACGCCAGUACUUCCAAACGCACCAAAUCCACCAUCCUAUCUUUCCUCUGCGAUCGUGACGCCUUGCCUUCCCUGGCUACUCCAUCUUUCGUCGGUACCAUGGACUCGUGUAGCUAUUACUUCGAAAUAAGAAGCUCCGCUGCGUGUGGUGGUACUGCUGUUGAUCCCAACGCCGGAGGACUAGGACCGGGAGGAGUCUUUGGCGUAAUUAUGCUUAUAGCUGUAGCCGUCUACCUGAUCGGUGGUUGCGCUUACCAGCGAACAGUCAUGCACCAACGCGGUUGGCGCCAAUGUCCCAAUUUUAGCUUAUGGGCUGGAAUGUUAGAUUUUAUCAAAGAUAUCUUUGUCAUUCUUUUCUCGUCGCUGGGGAGAUGCCUUCGCAUUAAGCGUUCGCCAUCACACCGUGACUAUACGCAAGCUGGGGAUGGUCGUGGUGGCUUGAUUGGUGCCUUUGGUGGCCGCGGAGUGUCUAGUGGACGACGGGACGUGGAAGCCGAAAAUCAGUUGAUUGAUCAGCUUGAUGAGCAGUGGGAUGAUUGA